AUGUCAAUCAUCAGCCCGGGCAUCAGGUUCAUGCAAAUGCCUCCACAGCGCUCGCCGCACAUAGUAACAGUGGUCGUGUACUUGCGGCAGAAGAAGAGCAUAGGAGGACAUGGUGAGAGAGUGCAGGUCGGCUACACUGACCCCACAUCCCCAUCUGAGGUUGAGCUCAGGUUAGAGAGUCUCUGGCAGACCUGGAUCCUCACCUCUUCUUCACUGCGCAGUCUCCAUCAGAUCUCUUCCAUUCAUUCAGCCGCCUGCAGCCGCCUCAUGCAGCACAUCCCGGGCACAGUGAGGAGAGAGGCCGGGGGCUUCAGCUGGAGGUUCGCUGCUCGUAGUUCUGUGGUUGCAUCUCUAAACUCUCACAAACAGGAAGUGGCUGAGAGCGGUGCAUGUGAGCACAAUGAGGAAGAGCGGAGCGGCUGCGUGAAUGGGCCGCGGUGGGGCGUCUGUCUCUGA